CUUGCGGCAUGGCAGCACGGCCGCGGCCCGCCCGGCCCCAAGAUGGCCGCCCGCCCUUCACCGCCCGCUUCCGUCCCGCUGAGGCCUGCGGCUCCGGUUGCGGCGCGGCCGGCGGCUCAUGGCGCUGCUUCGGCUCCUGCUGCUGCGGGGCCGCUGCGGAUGGAGGCCUAACCCCGCGGUGUGGGCCCGGCCUCGGCCCCGGGGCCUGCAGGGCCUCCUGUCACAAACAGUUUCCCCCACGUGUCAAGGUCUCGGUGGGGUCCUGGUGAAGCAGCGCAUCAUCCGAGAUCCAGCCAGGCUUUGGAAUCUCUUAGGUAGCACUUGCUAUUUUACUACUUCAAGCUGGCAAAGGAGUAACCAUAAGAAUGGAGGAUUCAAAAAGAAAUCUCCAAAGGAGGAGGAGGAGGAAGAAAAACGCAGGAAAAGGGAAAAUCAGAUGCACCUCGAACGCUUGCGGGCACUCCUCAUCAUUACUUUAAUAGUGCUGCUGUUUCGAUUCACGGUCAGCGAGAACAGAGAAGGGACCAACAUCUCCUGGAAUUACUUCAUCAACGAGAUGCUGUCAAAGGGGGAGGUCCAGAGAAUCGAAGUGGUUCCAGAGAGUGAUAUUGUGGAAAUCUACCUGCACCCAGGAGGGACCCCACAUGGACAAGUUAACGUUACCCUGCUGUACACAAUGCGAGUGGCAAACAUCGACAAGUUUGAAGAGAAGCUGAGAGCUGCGGAGGAUGAGCUGAACAUUGAUGAGAGAGAGAGAAUCCCUGUUUCCUACAAACACCCCGGCUUUUAUGGAAAUGAUGUCAUCUCCCUGAUAGUGACCCUCGUGGCUGUGUCCAUGCUGUGGAGCAUCUUCCGCCUUAUAAGGGUUGCAGGCCGGGCAGGAGGAUUCAAUGCUUUUAACCAGCUGAAGAUGGCUCGUUUCACCAUUGUGGAUGGAAAAUCCGGGAAAGGGAUUGGCUUCAAGGAUGUAGCGGGAAUGCACGAGGCAAAAAUGGAAGUCAAAGAAUUUGUGGACUAUUUAAAGAACCCUGAUCGCUACCUUCAGCUUGGUGCUAAAGUGCCCAAGGGUGCCUUGUUGCUUGGACCACCGGGCUGUGGGAAGACGUUGCUGGCAAAGGCAGUGGCCACAGAAGCACAGGUGCCUUUCUUGGCCAUGGCAGGCUCUGAGUUUGUGGAGGUGAUAGGAGGUCUUGGAGCUGCGCGAGUUCGGAGUCUCUUCAGAGAAGCUCAGGCUCGUGCACCCUGUAUUGUGUACAUUGAUGAAAUCGAUGCUGUGGGCAAGAAGCGCUCAACCAAUGUGUCUGGUUUUGCCAAUGCUGAGGAGGAGCAGACAUUAAAUCAGCUGCUGGUGGAAAUGGAUGGAAUGGGGACCACAGAUCACGUCAUAGUGCUGGCUUCCACCAACCGCGCUGAUGUUUUGGAUAAUGCCUUGAUGAGACCUGGCAGGCUCGACAGGCACAUCUUUAUUGAUCUUCCAACACUCCAGGAGAGAAGAGAAAUCUUUGAGCAGCACCUGAAGGGUCUCAAACUGAUCCAAGAUGCCAGCUUCUACUCACAGCACCUUGCUGAGCUGACUCCAGGCUUCAGUGGAGCAGACAUAGCAAAUAUAUGCAAUGAAGCUGCUCUCCAUGCUGCUAGAGAAGGUCACAAAUCCAUUGAUACUUCCAACUUUGAGUAUGCUGUGGAAAGAGUCAUUGCAGGCACUGCCAAAAGAAAUAAAAUCUUGUCACCCGAAGAGAGGAAGGUGGUGGCGUUCCACGAGUCGGGCCACGCGCUGGUUGGCUGGUUGCUGGAGCACACGGAGGCAGUGAUGAAGGUUUCCAUAGCCCCUCGAACAAAUGCAGCUCUUGGAUUUGCUCAGAUCCUUCCAAGAGAGCAAUACCUCUUCACCAGGGAGCAGCUGCUAGAGAGGAUGUGCAUGGCACUUGGAGGGAGAGUGUCUGAAGCCAUCACAUUUAACAAAGUCACCACAGGAGCGCAGGAUGACCUGAAGAGGGUGACCAAGAUAGCCUACUCCAUGGUGAAGCAGUAUGGGAUGGUGCCCAGCAUCGGGCAGAUCUCCUUUCCGGAUGGGGACAGCACUGUUGGAAUUGGCCGUCGCCCUUUCAGCCAGAGCCUUCAGCAGAUGAUGGACCACGAAGCAAAAGUGCUGGUGGCUCAGGCCUACAGACGCACGGAAAAACUCCUAUUGGACAACCGAGAUAAGUUGCAAACGCUGUCUAAUGCCCUGCUGGAGAAAGAAGUGAUAAAUUACGAUGACAUUGAAGCUUUGAUUGGACCUCCACCCUAUGGGCCAAAGAAAAUGAUAGCACCCCAGAGCUGGCUUCAAGCAGAGAGAGACAAGCAAGACACUAGAGAUGAAGAAAUGCCCCAGCAGCCACCAAACCAUGAGGAGGAGGAAGAGCCGCGCCUGAGGCCGGUGUGAAGCCCUGUCCUGGUGCAGAAUGGGAGGACUCCAGAAGCGUCUUUUGAACACAGCUUCUCAGCUCUGGAAUCAAAAAUAAAGAGCAGGGCAUCUCUGUGAUGCUGUUUCCUUGAAAUUAAAGGAAUGGCCACGUUUAGUCUUGUAACACAAGCUUUAACCUUCAGGGAGGAGAACUUAGGAUUCUGAAAUUGAUUCUCAGCAGGAUAUUAGUGAUUAGGAGUUGGGUAAGAAGCUGGAAAGAACCUGUUUACACAGGCAGUGUAUGCCUUCUUGUAGGAUGUGGGCUUUCUUUUCCCUGAUUGAUAGUUUCUGUUCCAUUUUUACAUCAAGGGUUUCAGAAGCAGAGAGUGAGGGAAGCUGUGUUCAUAACCCAGCAGAACCUGAUGGUGAGUUGUUCGGAGCCAGCACUGCAGGGAAUGGCUCCAUUGUGAGCUGGCAGAGCAGCGCUGCUUGUUUGCAGGUGUGAGUCCUGGGUGCAUCUACACAAACCAGGCAGUUCUGCUGCCUGUCCUCACGGCAUUGCAGAGCACGCAGUGAUGGAAUGGUGGGCUGCUGUUCAGCAGGGGAAGCACUGAAGUGAUUCUUGUUGCCUGCUGUGCUCCGGCUGGGUCAGGCCCUUCAGGAAGGGUUCUUGAAUGGAGCUGUUCCAUAAAGAACUGACUGAGCUGGAGCUGAGCCCUCCCUUGGGGGCAGGGAGGAGGGUGACCUGCAUGGCACUGAACACAGGGUGCCAACAUGGCCCUGCUGGGUGCCCAUGGUUUGGACACUGCCCUGUUGAGCAGAAACAGCUGGGGAUGCUAUUACACCGAAUUGUUGCCCAUGUUGUUGUUGUUGUUGUUUCUUUCAGGCCUCUGUUUCCUUACAGGAGCUCAUUCUUUGUAUGUGUGUAGGAGCUGGUUCUAUUUGUAACACGAUGCCUGAGCUCCGGGCUGCCUCAAUAAACGCUGUGACACACGGA